CUGCAUGCCGACUAUGCUCUGGUACGCGCCUGGAAGGCCGACAAGUUUGGCAACCUCCAGUUCCGGCUGUCCCAGCGAAACUUCAACCCGAUUAUGGCAAUGGCCGCCAAGAUGACCAUCGUCGAGGUCGAAAACGAUGUGGUUGAGAUCGGGGAGAUCGACCCGGACCACGUCCACGUCUCGGGCAUCUACGUUGACCGCAUAGUCAAGAUUGGAUCCCCGAUGACGGCAUCUCUUUUCCUGGGUCUUAUCAUCAACCACUCGGAGAACGGCGUCGUUGGAUUCGGGCCACUUGCCGCCGAGGGUGAAGAGGACCGCCACCUGGUCAAUGCCGGUGGACAGCACGUAACACCCCAGCCGGGCAUGGGCAUCGUUCACCACGCCGACUCAUUCAUGAUGAUUCGUGGGGGCAUGAUCGACGUAACCGUGAUGGGCGCAUACGAGGUCGCAGAAAAUGGCGACUUCGCCAACUGGCGCAUCCCGAACCGCAAGGGGGGAGGCAUUGGCGGCGCCAUGGACCUCGCGGCCUGCGCCCAGCGCGUGUUCAUCGCUAUGGAGCACAACACCCGGGAGGGCGAACCGCGCCUGCUCAAGCGCUGCAAGCUCCCUAUUACCGCCCCGGGCGUGGUGAAGAUGCUGGUCACCGAUCUAGGCCUGUUCGGCAUUUCCACCGACGGAUUCGAGUGCUGGAGAAUGCCCCCGGCUGGAAUCCCGAGGAAAUCCAGGAGCUGA